AUGGCGUCGAGCGCGCGCGACGGUGGCCGCGAUGGAGGAAUUGGCGGGAACUCGACGGGGGACGACGAUCGCGUCGGUGGGUUCGGUGACGAUCCGUCGAAUCGCUCGAGGGUACACGCGAGAGAGGGAGCGAUGGGGCGAAAGAGCGAGUGCGCGGCGUCGCCGGUGAACGUCCUGGACGCGCGGUCGAACGCGAGCUCAGAGAGCGAUUCGCCGAGCGAACUCGAGCUCGACGAGGCGGGUUCGAGCGAGAAGAUCGAGGCGAAGAAGACGCUCGAGGGGGGUAAAACAAGCGAUAUCGAGAGUGCACAUCGCGAGGCGUCGAUUGCGCGACGCCUGACCCGACCGAUGGCGCCGAGCGUUGACGUGGAUGGAUUGCAAAAGCGCGUGAGCGAACUCCGCGUCGCGCUGCAAACUUCCGAAAGGAUGUUGGAUAGAACGAAAGGGCGAUUAGAGCUCGCCGAGGGGGCGAAGCGAGCGGCGGAAUCCGAAUCUGCGACGUUGCGCGCGCGAGUGUGGGCGCUGGAGGGGAGCGGAUCUUUGGUCAAGUGUCGAGAUGACGAGGUAAAACUCGACGACGUCCGAGGACGACUGCUCCGGGAAGCGACGGUUGAACUCUCCUACGCCGCCAAGGCGACUUGUGCGGCGGAUCAUAAGAUUCAGAUCGCGCGCGCUGACUGCAAAAAAUUGCAGGAUACCGUUGCGGCGCUGUCGGGGGCGUCUUCCGAGGAAAACGACACGCUCUCGAUGGAGUUGGCGCAAGCGCGAAUGCGCAUUCGCGGCGAUGCGCGAGAAAUUGCCGAACUCACAGAGCGAGCGACGCAGGCGGAAGCGACCGCAAACAGACUGAAGGAAGCGAACGACUUUACCAAUGAUGCCAUCGCCCGGUAUCAAACGGCGGAAAAGGAGACACGACAGGCGAAGGAAUCACUGGUAGAGACGAUGCGGCACAACGAGUUCCUUCAGGGGCGCGUCACCGAGCUGGAAGAGAUCAUCAAAUCUGAUGGUACUAGUCACUACGAUCAGGAGCUCCGUCGCGUCCGAGAAUAUUUGGAAGCAGAUAUCGCGCGAUUGACCGCCGAGCUCAAGCAAGAACGGGCGGCUCGCAAGGCUGUGGAGCUUCAACUGAGUGGCGCGAUACAAGCCGACACUUUGCGUCUUCCAUCGGACAACGCCGCACUCGCGUCGGAAAAAUCGGCAACCGCGGAGCUUAGGGAGGAGAUCGAACGGCUGAAAGUGCAACUCGCACAAAAUCAACGUGCACAAACAAAGAAGUCGCGCAAAGACGACUGGGCCGAUGCGCUCGGUCUCCGCAACGAUGACGAUGAUGAGGAAGAGUUGGACGAGUCGAACGAACCGCUCAGCCCGACCGGAAUGCCGCUCGCUUUGCGCGAUGCCCUCGUCGAGGCUGCUCGUCUCGAGGUCGAAAAACUUGGGGAGAUGAAUAGAAAACUCGUCCAAGCGAAGCUCACGGCUGAGAAGGAGAGCGUGUCAACACUUGAGUACGAAGCGGCUAUCACCAGAAACAACGAGGCUUGGGCAGCGAAGUUGGCGAUGAUUGAGUUGGAAGCUACGAAGAGCCGCGAGCAACUCGUAACCUUGACGUCGAGAAGCAACAGCCUCGCUAGAGACCUGGAAGCGUGUCAGGCGGAGUUGGAUGAGGUCAAGCUGAUGAAUAAUAGGCUCAAGUCGUCUCGCUCAGCAAGUGAUCAAGACGAGCUCUCGCGUGAGGGUAGCUGGUUGAAUCUCCUUCCUCGAAGUACUUCUCGGAAGCAUUCCAGCUCGCCAGACUUUACUGAACUUCGCGCGAACACCGCGAACACAAAUUUGGUGUCCUUGGGAUCUUGGGCGAGUCUUAACGGAUUGGACGACGACGAGUUGUGCCGUGUAGACGACGACAAUGAAGACGUCACCGUCAAGACUCGAGAGGAGCCCGAACCAGAUGUCACCUCUCGCAAGAGAUUUCUUGAGGAAAAAUCGCGCAGUAUUCGCGAGAGAUUGGCAGCAAGAAGCGUGAAACCGCCUCUCAGUCCGCUGAAAACGUCGGAAGAGGCCAUUGAGAGGUCGAUUCGUGAGACGAGACUGGCUGUGGAGGCGAUGAAGGCCUCCCGCUCAUCUCUGCUCAAAACGACCUCAAACGCUCUGUCUGAUCCUCGCGCGCGUUGA